UUACUGCUCCUAAAAAAGACCAAGCAAAUUCUACAAACCAACCAAGAAAGAAAAACCUAAAAUGGAUUCAUCAUCACAGUUCCUCGAAUUCUCACCCGAAUCAUCGUCGAUGACAACGGGUUCUUCAGUUUCGUGGGUUGAUGGAUUUAUCUUGGAUCAAAAAUCGUUGCCUUUCAAUGAAAACGAUUCCGAAGAAAUGUUAUUGUUUAAUGUUUUAGCCGAAGCCGAUCAUAUCAAGCAAGAAAUAGUGGAAGAAGAAGAUAGCAUAGUUUCAAGUAAGCUAGAUGAUAAAGAGAUUAAUAAAACAAAGGAAAAGGUUUAUAGAGGUGUUAGAAGAAGACCGUGGGGAAAAUUCGCAGCGGAAAUAAGAGAUUCUACUAGAAACGGAGUUAGAGUUUGGCUUGGAACAUUCGAUAGUGCCGAAGCAGCUGCUUUGGCUUAUGAUCAAGCUGCAUUUUCUAUCAGAGGAUCCAUGGCCGUUCUUAAUUUUUCUGCUCAACGUGUACGUGAUUCAUUGAAAGAUAUCAAACAUGGUUUCCAAGACGGCUCUUCACCGGUUUUAGCUCUUAAAAAGUGUCACUCUUUGAAGAAAAAAAACACCACUAGUAAGAAAAACAAAUCAAGACGAGUAAUUAGAUCAAGAUCACUGCCGCCGUCGCCUUCGUCGUCGUCAUCAUCAUCCAUAGAUCACAACUUGGUUGAGUUUGAGGAUUUAGGAACUGAAUUUCUCGAGGAACUCUUAAGUUCUUAUCAAAGUUGCAGUACACGUAGUUCUACUAAUUUAUCUUCUUGAAUACCCUCAUUAAUCUUACCCUAGCUAGUUAAUUAGCUUAUUUUUCUUAAUUUCUUGGGAUUUUCUAAAAAGGUUUUGUGGAUAUGUGUUUCCCAUCUAAAAAAUGGAUUUAGAGGAAAUUAUUGAUUUU